AAGCAGUUCAAGUUGAAGGCUGGCUGCGCACGGGGCGGUGCGGUGCAUGUCGGCGCUCCUCGGGCGGUGGUGGAGGGCAGCCGGGGCAGGGAGGGGCUGGCAGGCAGCGGGCAACCCCCCCCAGCCGGAGCUGCAGAGAUGGCACAAGCUUCCGAGUGCCGAAACUCCCUCCUCUAUUACUACAGCGUCAAAUUUGCUCUGUCCACCUAUGCUACCCUCUUUUCGAUCCUUGGCCUCAUGAUCCUUUGCAUCGGGAUUUAUGCUGAAGUGGAGAGGCAGAAGCACAAAACCUUAGAAGGAAUCUUCCUCGCUCCAGCCAUUGUCCUGCUUCUGCUGGGCUUCACCAUGUUCUGUGUCUCCUUCAUAGGCAUGGUGGGGAGCCUCAGGGACAACCGGACACUGCUAAAGACGUUCUUCUGGGUUCUUCUGGUGAUCUUUCUCAUGGAGCUGCUGCUGAUAUGCAUUGAAAUCAUCUUUGAAAACAAGAUGAAUGCAGUAUUCCACUCCAACAUCCAAGAGGGCAUCCGACACUAUUAUGAUGACCUCGACUUCAAGAAUAUCUUGGAUUUUGUACAAGAAAAGUUUUCUUGCUGUGGUGGUGAUGAAUACCGAGACUGGGAGGUUAACCUAUACCACUCGUGCAAUGGCAGUGGGCCACUUGCAUGUGGGGUGCCCUACACGUGCUGUAUCAGGAAGGUCCCUGGAGAAGUCAUAAACACGCUAUGUGGAUACAGGACACUCGAUAAAGAGCGCCUGGAGUUGCUUAAUGUCAUCCACGUGCGAGGCUGCAUCCAUGCCGUCGGGCUGUGGCUUAAAGACAACUUUGAGGCCACUUUGGGCAUCGUUUGCUCCAUGCUUCUUCCCCAGGUGGUCGGCCUUGUGAUGGCUUGGCUGUAUUGGCAAAAGCUCAAUGAGAUGUAUUCCAAGCUGGACACCGUGGACUUCAAGAUGUUGGAGAUACAUGAUUUCAGCUUUGGGGCAGUGGAUCUGAGCGGUGCAGGCUGGUGCUGGUGCUUGCCCAAGGAAGGGGGCUAUAUUCCCAUCAAUGUCAUGGAGGAAGAAGAUAAGGAGGAAGAAGGCACCGUCUGACACAGCAGAGUGAGAAGGCAGAAGACGGAAAGCAGUGGUGGAAAACAAAGCUUGGAGCAAAGCUCUUAGAGAGGCAGCUGAUGUAGAAUGCGGAAAUAAUGUGAUUUAUUUUCUCAGGUUCAGGAAAUACCUUGGGGGAAACUGUAAAGUAACAUUGGAAGGUUAUAAAAAUGCAAUGCACUGUGUGGACGCGUGAGCUUACAAGGGUCCUUUUACUACUUUGGCAUUUUGAAGCAUUUGUACAUUUCUUUAUUUUCUUUUUACACAAUAAAUGUGACUUCUGUUCUA